ACUUCCCAUGUAUUACAUCUCAAAAUGAGAACUUUAUUCUAAAUCAUCUGCUGUACUGUUCGGCUCAAACUACGGUGCAUGUCCUAGAUACAGUGGUGAUACUUCAAUCUGUCAUAGUCAAGCCUCUUGACACAAGCACUUCAAAAUGUGGAAAUUACCAAGUUCUCUUCGGCAACUUGGUUUCUUCAUCCAAUGCGGUGACACGGUCAAUCAUGGGAGGAGCAUUAGGGUUGCUGCUACGGAGGUUAAACACAGUCAAGCGAACUAAAACCAAGGCGGAGAAGGUACGCGGGAACGAGUGGAGGGACGCGGCGCUUUGCCCUUUGGAGCGAGCAGCUGGCACAUCAGGCCUCCUCAGCCUCAGCUAAAAAUGCUGUAGGCGUUACGGAAGAGGGGACACGCGGCGCUUGUUAUUUGUAUCUAUAGCUCAUGCUACAGCUUCUCCUUCAUUAAUAUUCGUACAUACACCGUGGUUUAAUUCCUCUGCUCGCCGUUCUAUGCUCAGCACCCUAGCCACACCUCCACCAGUUCAUCUCAGGACAUUCAGGGCCUUUUGCGACAACUACGCAGAACGGUCCUGAAAGGCAGAGAAAGGUGUUACGCGAUGCAGAACUACGGACAGCAGCCCCCUGCGGCAUAUCAGAGGCCAGGGAGCACCACCAGUUUCGCGAGCGCGCCGGCACCACCGCCAGUACCCCCAGCGUAUGGUACUCCUCAAUCACAGAAUCAAUGGGCCGCCCCCGCACCGAGUCACGGUCAGAACCAGAGUCAGAAUCAGGGACAACAAUGGGGACAACAAGCACAACAGACCGGAGGAUACAAUCCAAACAUCUACGGUGCGAUGCCUGGAGGAUACUCGCAAGCGCAAGCGGCUCCAUCGUAUAAUGCGCCUGCGUAUCCUCCCCAACAAGACGCGCCGCCACCUCCGCCCCCGAAACCUGCCAGCUUCGCUGCUUCAGUCGCCCAGCAACAAAAUUCGCAAGGUUAUCCGCAGCAAUCUACGUAUAGUACGCAACCGCCCCAGCACAAUAGUGGAUACGAUCAGGGGAUAGGGGGAUAUACUUCACAAGGGGUUUACCAAGCCCAGGCCAUACCGCAGCCAUACAACAAUGCUGCUCCUCCUCCACCGUCACAGACACCAGGAGGAUCAUAUCCCCCAUCGUCUCAAGGUCCCCCACUGCCUGCGCGGCCUGGGUCGAUAUAUGGUGCUGCCCAGGCUGGAACUCCUUCGACGCCGGUUUCUGCCGGAUCGCAUCCUCUGCAACAACACCCAGACCCAUCGGCGACUGCGAGCUAUACACAAAGCACAUACAGCCAGCCGCCGUCAUACACUUAUGGAUACGCUGCCGGUCAAAACCAAUCUUCAACGCCAGUUUCUGCUGUGUCUCAGCCUCCCAUACAACAGCAGUCGGGGCCAUCAGCGGCCUCAAACUAUACGCAAAGCCUUCCGCCAACGUUUUCACACGGCCAGCAGUACCAGGCCAGCCAAUCCAGCCACCCAGCUCAGCAAGGGCAAUAUGAACAGAAUACCCAAAAUCAAUACGCCCCUCCAGCGCCGAUACAGCCACAGGGCCACUAUGCGCAACAAGAGAGCACACAUUAUCCUGCACAACAUAACCCGUAUGGCCACAAUGUGCAGCCGCAGCAAAAUCAAACGGCACAAUCACCAGCCCAUUUUCAGCAACAAAACAACCAGUCUUACAAUCAGUACCCUCCGCAGAGUCAAACUCCACAACAAAUCAAUCAGCAGCCCAGUCAGUGGGGACCUCCAGAAAACCAACAAUAUGGGCAGCAGCAACAGCCUACACAGCAGCCUGUUCAUCAACAAGGUUGGCAACAAGGUCAUCAAACUCAGAAUUCCUACUCGAAUCAGCAACAGCAACAGAAUCAUCACCAACAAGGACAAACUGCAGGGAUUCAGGCACCCCAGCCUAUGAAUGGCAAUGUAGGUACUGCAUCCCAAGGUUUUGUCAACGAACCAAGUCCGCAGAGCCAGCCAGUGUCUCCCCUGGCCCAUCGACAGACUAUGAGUUUUGGAUCACAACACGACAUCGGCAGAACAGACUCGAUCAGCUCCAUCGCACUCGGCUCUAUUCAUGCACAAAGGGUUGAAAACAGGACAGAAUCACCUAGGCCAGCACCUAGCAAUGCUCCACCUCCACGCGACACCCCUUCACAAUUCAGCGCGCUUGGAAUGGGAGGGCCUUCUGACUGGGAGCACUUUGGUGGGGAAGGUGACAUCGAUGAUGAAGAGCUCCUGAGCAAGAAAGAAAACGACAAAGCCUCAACUACUGUAGAGUUACCUGCAGUAGUUCCUGCAUCCUCGGUUUCCAGCAAUUUUCCAAGUCCUCCUGACCAACCACUUCAGCUUCAUCAACAAAGACCUGAUGAUUUCCAGCCUACGCCUGAUUUGAGCGAGAGGGGGACGCCGACGCAAAAACCUCCACACGUCCAACAGAGUUUCGCUGUUCACGAUGGAGGAAGGCAUACCCCCGUGCACGGAACCCCUGCCCAACAGCAAAACUUUGUAAUGAGCGAUGGAGGAUGGUCAGCUUCGGCCGCGACCCCACAAAAUCUUUCCCAGGCAUACACGACUGCUGAGCGAUCGAGAGAUCCGGUCGCGCAAGGGAUUAGUCAAAAUGAAAAUGACGCGCGAAUGCAGCAAGCUAAUCAAGAGCUUGAGCACAAAGUUCAACAGCUGGAGUCCGCGAUUCAAUCAAAGGAUAAUGACUUUGAGGCCUUGAAUCGCGAUAUUGAACAGCAGCAGGCUGACUCUCGCCGAGAAAUUGAUGAGCUCAGUGUUGUUCUUGAAACAGUGAAGAAGCACGCAGAGCAAGAGAGGAAGGCACUGGACGACCAGCUCAAGGUUUUGAAGGCUACAGUCGAGCAAGGCAAUACUGACAGAGAGGCUCUACUGAAAGAGAAAGACAACGAGAUCGAAAGAUGGAAGGAGGACGGUGAAGGCAAGGACAAUAGCGUCAAAGAAAAGGAAGGCAUAAUUGCCGACCUCAACAAGCAACUGAGGGAUCAAAACACUGCAAUCGAAGAAUUGAAGAAAGAACUCGAGACUGAAAAGUCAAAGGUACCGCCCCAGCCUACUGCCGCAGCCUUGAUUCCGGAUAUUGAUCCGUGGUAUGCUGGAUCGUUGGAGCGCUACAUUGCCAUGUUGAGAGGGGAAGCCAGUGAAGCUAAAGUCGAGGAUAAAAUCAAGACGUUUACGGCCUUUAUGAAAAACGAGUCGGGAAUUCGAGGACUCGAGUACUACAACACUCCCCCACCGGCUCCGGCAGUACGGGAGCUUGUGAAACAGCCGACACCCCCUGCCGCCCAGAGGAAAAGCGACUUGAACGUUCAAGUCCCUCAGCCAGCGGAAUCACCUACCGAUGACAUACAGUAUAGCCCGGGUGGAAGGCCGGUGAUGUUGCGUCGAGGCACAAUUCCUGCCUCCGUUCAACCUGCGAGCGGACCUAGUGAACCCUUCACUCAAUCCGGGACUAUCCUCACUCCGACAAGCUCACAGGAUGACGAUUAUGCUAGGAACCCCGUGUCAAUACAAUCGCCUCCAGAACAGCAAUCCCAACCACAAUACAAAGCUUACGUACCUCCGGGAGGAAGUCAGGCAGAUCCUACGAAACCGCUACUCAACCAAUCAAUGUCUUUCGCAAAUUCGGCUCCAGUUGCACCGCUGCAGACGCCAGGAUCUGGAAAAGUUAAAGACGAUAUGUUCUUCGGUGGUUCCUCGUCACAGACAUCAUCCAGGCCAGGAAGUAGGCCGACAACUGGCACCCCGUCAGAAGUCCCAUUGCCGCUCCCUCUUUCCACACCAAAGCCUCUGGGUGUCUCGAGACCUAAAUCAACGGAACAAAAGGACCCACUACAAUCAUUAAAGACCCUGAUCCCAUCCAAGAUAACCCCAUCCAAGGCCAGUCCUCAGCUCGAAAGAGUACGCCAGAAGAUGUCCACGAUCUCUUCCGACACGACCUUCAUCACAACCCUCACGACAUCCUGGGACAAAACGGUGACGAAAACACGCAAAGAGAACGCCGACGCCCGACACAAACGCCAAGAAGAGUCGGAAGCACAUACAGACCAGCUCUUCAACGACCAUGAAAUCUCCUACGCAGACAUCGGCGACAUCGAAGAUGAAUUCAAAGAAAAGGAACGCGAGCUCAAAGCCCAAGAAGACCGGGCCGAGUACGCGUCGUACAAUGCCAUGGUAUUCGAAAAAGUCUACUCAACGCUACAGGAACAAAUCAAGAGUCUGACAGAUAUCUCCAUCGACGCCGAGAGCCUCCUCCAAACCUCGGCCUCGGGCGUCAAAACCCUCGAUGGAGGCGAUGGCCCUACCACCGAAGAAUCUCUCAAAAUCUUCCACGAGGUACACCAACAGAUUGAGAAGCGCCACGAAGACGUCGCUGCUGCGGUCUCGGAGCGCGACAAGCGAUACAAAAAGACGGAGGUCCAACCCCUGUACGCAGCAGGCAACAUCGUCAAGAUGAAAACCGUUGAGAAGCACUUCGAAAACGCAGAAAAGCAAGGAGUGGCGCGCGCCAAAGCAGAGAAGGCACAGCGUGCGAAGGAUUUUUAUAGCGUCGUAGAAGAUAUCGUCAUCGAAGCUAUCAGCGUCGAGCAGCGCGAGAUUGAGGGUAUCGCAAAUACCCUCCAACACCUCUCUUCUUCCUCCCCAGAGGACGAUGAUGUAAAGGAUACUGCAUCCCGCGCGCGCGAAACCAUCGCCGCGCUCAAAACCUCGUCUAAAUCCCUCCUCGCACACCUGCACGCCCUCGAAAUCGACCUCCACGCAUCCGAAGCAGACGCCGCGCUCGCCCACGCAAAAGCUAGCAACUCUCCUCCCGAGGAAAUCGCCGAGCUUGAAAAAGAGAAGACUCGGAAAGAAGGAGAGCUCAAGGAAGAGUUUGAGAGGAAGAUCAAGGUCGUUGAGCAGGAUGAUGGGGAAGGGAUUGGGGGUACGACGACACAGUGGAAAGGAGGGAAGAAGGACGGUGGUAGUUCGCCUCGUGGAGGAAGAGGGCCUAGCAGUGGCAGUGUCGUUCAAGCACCGACGCAACCACAGGUGCAGGUGCAGAUACAGACACAAGCGCAGAGGAACGAGACGCCGCCGCUGAGACUCAGUGAAGAAGAAGAGAAGAGAAUCAGGUUAGAGAAGGCGUUGGAAGCCGCCAAGAGGCGGAAUGGCGAUCUGUGAUGAUCCCGUGUUCUCCGCUUACCUAUCUACCUCUCUUUCUUCUGGUUGAUUCCCCGUUUACUGGCGAUGGUGUUUUGGAGCUUCGGCUUUUCCUGCUUGUUCAAUUCCCCUGGUCAUGGUCUUGUUUUGUGUUGUUUUGUAUUCAUGUUAUGUCAAGUAUGAAUAUUAUGGCAAUUGAGCGUUCUGUAUCUAUUCGUUCGUCUAUCCAUUCAUGUUCAAUAUCUUUUUUUUCCCUCUCUUCUUCAUGUACUACGCGUGGAAUGAGUGUAUCCAUAUAACAAGAGCCACGAUCCUCUUUCGUCAAACCAACCACUUCGUUAUACCAACCACUAAAACACUGGAUGAUGUGAGAGCAUCGCAAGCACUAAAUCUAGCACAAUAUUAAAAGUGAUAAUGAUUCAUCGCAUAUUAGCACAAUAUAAGCAUCGAGUUGUUGGGUCAUGGUCUUUUCAUGCUGAAGCGCACGGUAUCCACUCAGUAAACUACUACGCAAGUAUAGUAAAACCCAAUUAGGUUGUGUGUAGGUACACAUUCCUUGGACAGGUUCCUCAAUCCAACACGCAGCGUAGCUCUCAUAUAUCUUCCUUGACCUUAGUUCAUACAAAUUCAAAGAGGAACCUUCGCAUAUAUUUUUUCCAGACUGCCACAGGCGCGCAGCAUCAAUCGGUUCUCACUAGAAACCGAUCAACUCGACUACGACAUUCGUUUGAUACUAGUUGUCCACCUCUCCCUCUCUGUCUCCCCUUCCUAUCCUCCUCCUUUCUCCACUUCUU